CGCUCGGCCGCCAGACGACGCGGGAGCCGCACGCGCCAGACGAAGCUCGCAGCGCUCCUUGCUGCCGAGCGCCGGCCCGCUGAGGCGGCGCCCUCGGUUCCCGGCCCGGAGACGGUCGGGGCCGCCGAAUCUGUGGCCCCAGAGCGGAGGCGGCGGCGGGAAAGAUGAAGAACGAAAUUGCUGCCGUAGUCUUCUUUUUCACAAGGCUAGUUCGCAAACAUGAUAAGUUGAAAAAAGAAGCAGUCGAGAGGUUUGCUGAGAAAUUGACUUUAAUACUUCAAGAAAAAUAUAAAAAUCACUGGUAUCCCGAAAAGCCAUCAAAAGGACAAGCCUACAGAUGCAUUCGUGUCAAUAAGUUUCAGAGAGUUGAUCCUGAUGUCCUGAAAGCCUGUGAGAACAGCUGCAUCUUAUACAGUGACCUGGGCCUGCCAAAGGAACUCACUCUAUGGGUGGACCCAUGUGAGGUGUGCUGUCGGUAUGGAGAGAAAAACAAUGCAUUCAUUGUAGCCAGCUUUGAAAAUGAGGAUGAAAACAAGGAUGAGAUUUCCAAGAAAGUUACCAGGGCCCUUGAUAAGGUUACCUCUGAUUAUCAUUCAGGAUCCUCUUCUUCAGAUGAAGAAGCAAGUAAGGAAGUAGAAGUGAAACCCAAUUCAGUGGCUGCGACCCCCAGCCCCAUGUACCAGAUUUCAGAACUGAUGUUCCUGCCUCUUCCAAUGUGGCAUCCUUUGCCCAGAAAAAAGCCAGGAAUGUACCGAGGGAAUGGUCAUCAAAGUCACUACCCUCCUCCUGUUCCAUUUGGUUAUCCAAAUCAGGGAAGGAAGAAUAAACCAUAUCGCCCAAUUCCAGUAACAUGGGUACCUCCUCCUGGAAUGCAUUGUGACCGGAAUCACUGGAUUAAUCCUCACAUGUUAGCACCUCACUAGCUGCUUUUGAUUCUGUUGGUGUCAUGUUGAGAGAAGGUAGAAUAAGCCUGACUACAUAUUAAAAGUUCAUACUCAAAAGUAGUAAAGUUAGAUGGGCUAAACUAUCAAACUUAUUUUUAUAGAGAAGUUAUUGAGAAUAAUCUUUCUUAAAAAUAUAUAUAUGCACUUUAGAUAUAUUGAUAUAGUUUGAGAAACUUUAUUAAAGUUAGUCAAGUGCCUGAGUUUUUAAUAUUGGACUUGAGUAUUUAUAUAUUGUGCAUCAACUCUGUUGGAUAUGAGAACACUGUAGGAGUGGACGAUCUGUUCUGGCACCUUUGAGCAUUUACUUUAUGGAGAGUAUGUAAGUUAUUUAUACACAAGGAAAUCUAUUUUAUGUCAUUGUUUAGAAGAACUGCGUGAAAUCAUGUAGUUGCAAAUAAAAAGUAGUUUG